GAACGAGGGAGCUUCGGCUUUCCCCGGCAGGUUCGCGAGCUACGAAUUUCCUCCUCCGUGUUUCUGCUCCCCACCCCUCAGCCCUUCGGCUCGCUCCGCCGCCUGCUCGGCUCUCUCCGCCCACCUUUCGGAUAAGGCCGUUAAGUUCCGCCACCACUUCGGCAACUUCCGCCGGUUCGGUCGGAAAUGGCCGAAGACGUGAGAGACCCAGCGGUUUAGGAGAGAAGACCGGCCGGCUUCUUGGAACAAACCAACUGUGUCCGGACCGGGGGGGGGGGGGAGUAGAGGAGGGCGGACGGAGUGGGAGGAUAAGGCAGCGGCUAUGGCUCCCCCCCCAGCCACUCGCGGAGGACGGCUCAGCGGGCGCCGGGACCGCGGCUUCGCAAGCAGGGUGAAGUGAGGGCGCCAAGAGGCUCCAGCCAGAUGAGUAGAGAAUUGGGUACAAAAAAAGGGGCAGAUUCCAGUUGUCCAGCAGAUCAUCUUGUACAGAGAAGAAUCCUUGAGAUCAACACUGAGAAAGAAAAAUAGUGAAGGAGUCCAUGUGUGAGCAGGUCUGAGCCAAGGAGCAGAAGGAAUGUCAGAGCAUCAGCUGUGCGGCAGCGAUGAGAGAGACUGACAUUCAUAUGAGUCUCUUCUGGCUUCUUCUCUACAAUGGCUGGUGCCUCUGCAUAUUCAUUGGAUGGUAAUGCAGGAUGUCGAGAGCAGUGGUGGAGUUUGGCUUGAUCCCAUUGUGUUUUUCUUCUGCCAGCUGAGACUUUGAAUCACCAUGACAACGCUGUGACACUUCCAGCAAAGGUUACCUACAGACCAGGGGUGGGCUGGGGGUGGGUGAGAAGGUCAAUGAUCAAGUCUAACGGGAUCAAAAGUUGUGCCUGCAGCAAAACAACUGUAGAAAAGCUGCCAGCACGACAAGAAGAUGGAAUUCCCCUUCUAUUGGCUUCUCAUUAAGCAGGCACAAUAACAUCUUUUUCUGAGAGACCCGCUAUAAAAACUGUUUUGGUUAUGGCUACUGAUCCAACGUGAUUGGGCGCGCAGCGACUUUUGAACUCAUGACUGGAUAUACGAUGUUGCGGAAUGGGGGAGUGGGGAACGGAGGCCAGCCGUGGGUGUUGAGAUGGUCCAGUAGGAUCCGGCUCACGUGGCUUAGUUUCACCCUCUUCAUUAUCCUCGUCUUCUUUCCCCUCAUUGCUCACUACUACCUAACCACCAUUGAUGAUGCGGACGAUGCCGGCAAGCGCAUCUUUGGCCCUCGGACUGGCAAUGAGCUGUGUGAGGUAAAGCAUGUGCAAGACCUGUGCCGCAUCCGCGAGUCGGUCAGCGAAGAGCUGCUCCAGCUGGAAGCCAAGCGGCAGGAGCUCAACAGCGAGAUCGCUAAACUCAACUUGAAGAUCGAGGCCUGCAAAAAGAGCAUUGAAAAUGCCAAGCAGGACCUGCUGCAGUUGAAGAACGUUAUCAGCCAGACUGAGCAUUCCUACAAAGAGCUGAUGGCUCAGAACCAGCCCAAGCUCUCGUUGCCCAUCCGGCUGCUGCCAGACAAAGACGAUGUGACCUUCCCCCUGCCAAAAUCCAACCGAAACUGCAGGCUGCACAACUGCUUUGACUACUCACGCUGCCCGUUGACAUCAGGCUUUCCAGUCUAUGUCUACAACAGUGAUGAUUACCCUUUUGGUAGUUCCUUAGACCCUUUAAUUAAACAAGCCUUUGAGGCAACUGUCAGAACUAAUGUUUAUGUUACUGAAAAUGCAAAUAUUGCUUGUGUGUAUAUAAUUUUAGUGGGGGAAAUGCAAGAGCCCGUAAUGCCAAAACCUACUGAACUAGAGCAACAGUUGCACUCUUUGCCAUAUUGGAGGACUGAUGGACAUAACCAUCUCAUCAUCAGUUUAUCAAGGAAAUCAGAAACUCAGAACUUCAUUUACAACAUCAGCACAGGGCGUGCCAUGAUUGCCCAGUCCACCUUUUACGAUGUCCAGUAUCGACCAGGGUUUGAUAUUGUGGUAUCACCUCUGGUCCACGCUAUGUCUGAACCCAAUUUCCUAGAAAUCCCACCCCAGGUGCCGGUCAAGCGUAAAUACCUGUUUAGUUUCCAGGGGGAGAAGAUUGAGUCUCUCAGAUCUAGCUUGCAAGAGGUUCGCUCUUUCGAAGAGGAAAUAGAAGGCAAUGCCCCAGCUGACUACGACGAUCGGAUCAUUACUACCCUGAAGGCUGUUCAGGACAGCAAGUUGGACUUUGUUUUGGUGGAGUUCACAUGUAAGAACCAGCCUAAGGCGAGUCUGCCCACUGAGUGGGCUCUGUGUGGAGAAAGGGAUGACAGACUAGAGCUACUGAAGCUAUCUACUUUUGCACUGAUAAUCACCCCGGGGGACACCCAUUUAGUGAUCUCCGCCGGGUGUGCCAUGAGACUGUUUGAGGCUCUGGAAGUUGGAGCCAUCCCAGUGGUUCUCGGAGAGCAAGUUCAGCUACCCUAUAAUGAUGUGAUCCGGUGGAACGAGGCAGCCUUAAUUAUACCAAAGCCACGUAUCACAGAAGUGCACUUUCUUCUGAGAAGCAUUUCUGACAAUGAUCUCCUUGCCAUGAGGAGGCAGGGCCGCUUCUUGUGGGAGACCUACUUCUCCACCUCUGACAACGUGUUCAGCACGGUCUUAGCUAUCAUAAGGACUCGAAUCCAAAUCCCAGCUGCUCCUAUCCGAGAAGAAACUGCUGUGGAGAUUCCCCACCGGUCUGGCAAAGCUGCUGGUACAGAUCCCAAUAUGGCAGACAAUGGUGACCUGGACUUGGGGCCUGUGGAAACAGAACCACCAUAUGCAUCUCCUAAAUAUCUCCGCAAUUUCACCCUCACUGCAAUGGACAUCUACAGGAAUUGGAAUUCUGCUCCGGGGCCUUUCCACCUUUUCCCCUAUACUCCCUUUGACCCUGUUUUACCAUCAGAAGCAAAAUUUUUGGGGUCUGGGACUGGAUUUCGACCAAUUGGCGGAGGAGCUGGUGGCUCUGGGAAGGAGUUCCAGGCUGCCUUGGGUGGUAACGUCCCCCGGGAGCAAUUCACAGUAGUGAUGUUGACUUACGAGCGGGAGGAAGUGUUGAUGAACUCCCUAGAAAGGCUCAAUGGUCUCCCGUACUUAAAUAAAGUUGUGGUAGUGUGGAACUCUCCCAAGCUUCCCUCUGAGGAUCUCUUGUGGCCAGACAUUGGUGUCCCAAUCAUGGUUGUCCGCACAGAGAAGAACAGCCUGAACAACAGGUUCCUGCCGUGGGAUGAGAUCGAGACGGAGGCCAUCCUGUCCAUUGAUGAUGAUGCUCACCUUCGCCAUGACGAGAUCAUGUUUGGGUUCCGUGUCUGGAGAGAGGCAAGGGACCGCAUCGUUGGCUUCCCGGGGCGCUACCACGCGUGGGACAUCCCCCAUCAGUCCUGGCUCUACAACUCCAACUACUCCUGUGAGCUGUCUAUGGUGCUUACUGGUGCUGCCUUCUUCCAUAAGUACUAUGCCUACCUGUACUCCUAUGUGAUGCCGCAGGCCAUCCGCGACAUGGUGGACGAAUACAUCAACUGUGAGGACAUCGCCAUGAACUUCCUGGUCUCUCACCUGACAAGAAAACCUCCCAUAAAGGUGACCUCCCGCUGGACUUUCCGCUGCCCCGGGUGCCCUCAGGCGCUUUCACACGACGACUCUCACUUCCACGAGCGACACAAGUGCAUCAACUUCUUCGUCAAGGUGUACGGGUACAUGCCCUUGCUGUACACCCAGUUCCGCGUGGACUCGGUCCUCUUCAAGACCCGCCUGCCCCACGACAAGACAAAAUGCUUCAAGUUCAUCUAGCAGCGGGAGGCAGCCGGGCGCUCCCGGCUCUCCGAGCUCCGGCCGAGGCGGGUGAGGGCACAGGGGGGCUUCUCUGAUGGGGCUGCGAGGGCAAAACGCCUUUUGCUAUCGGCUCCGGCCUCCCUCCCGCGCAGCAAAAGGGACGUCCUGGAUGUGGAUGGGCACGUUUCCCCCCUCCUUUCCCGUGCUGCCCAUGGCGACUCAACCGAGCAGCAGGGAACAGGAUCUCACGGCUUCUGUAAAGACACUCCCUAGGAUCGUACACUGAGGAAUGGCCCGUUGGCUGGUGCCUCUGCCCCUCCGCUAGCCAAGGGCAACCAUUCUUUUUAAUUAUAAUUAUUGUUAUUUAAAAUGAAAGUGGUUUAGAUUUCCCGAGUGAGGGUUUUCUGUUUUUUUAAAUCCUUUUCUUUGUCCCUUCCCCUACCCACACUCUUUUCCCCUCUGGACCUGUCUGCUCAAGGGGGGACCAUAGCAAGGACAGGUUGGAGGUGUUUUACUGCAGAGAGGUUAUUCCAACAUCAAGGCAGCUCUGGUCACCACCGUUGUCCCCAUCCUUUCUCCCGUGGGGAGCCCUUCUCCCUUCUUGCACACCGCAUCCUGGCUCCUUUUGCCCUGUGGCUACUACUGAGGACUUUUGCAGUGUCAUCUGCAGGUGACGAGCUCUGUGCUGUGCUCUGCUCCCCACUCUCAGCCCUGCCCUUGGAGAGGGGCGAGCAGGGAAGAGGUUUGGCCCUGGAGGGUCCGUCCCUGGCUCCCAGCACCACACUGGGCCUCAGGCUGCAGCCACAGGGGUGUUUGGUUGCUGCAGCCUCUGCUCUCGGUAUUCUUUCCACUCCAUGCAGCGCACAGGCAGGCUCUGCUAAACCUCUGGAGAGAGGGAGCGUGCCUGGGGCUUAGGGGUGAUCCAUCUGCAGCACAGUGGGGGCUGGCAGUGCCCCAGGCUCAUUCAUUUAAGUGGGCUGUCUUGGCCAGUGGUGUUCUGCAGGCACUGCAGCACUGAAGGCAGGGCUGGAGAGUCUUGGGAUUUGGCCUGGGCUUUCCACAAGAGCUUUGGGACUUUUCCUCCUGCCCUUCAGGGCGUCAAUCACUGGCCCUGGGGAGCUGCUCCAGUAGCACCCCAAGAUCCGCUACACAAGCCUUUGCUGGUAAAAACCUCUUUCCCAAAAGCAUCCAAGUGUGGACACGGGUGCUGAGCGCUGGCUCUUGCAGAUGCCUGGUCCCUGCUAGUGGAGUGGACACAGUGCAGCUCUUGGUGCCACUGUGAUGGUGUCGGGGUCUCGGGGCCUUCUCUUGGGAUUGAUUUGCAUUUUGCAGGGUGGUGGAAGGAGAAGACACCAACCCCAUUCUGUGUGCAGCCAAGCAGAGCUGAAGUGAAGCGCCUGCCUGGCCUGGGUGUGCCAGAGCCUGGGCUGCACCAUGGGCUGGGGUCUCUGCCUCAUCUCUUGUAUCACAUCCCGGAGCAAAACUUAGCCAUGUUGGGUUUGCCCAUGGGCCUCAGCGUAACUGCCUUAAACCCAUCCUGUCCUCCCCCAGGGUUAACCUCACCCAGAGAUUUCCUUCAUGGGAGCUGGGAGAUGCCACUGGGAUCGUGCUCAAGGGCUCUUUAAAGCUUGUCCCUUCUUGUGCGAUGCUCUCCCUCGGUGCAUCCCAGAUGCUUAAGAGCAGCCUGGAGAAGCUCUGGCUGGUUUGAUGGGAAGGUGAAACGUGAUUCACAUCAGUGUCUCUGGUUUUCCAAGCCCCAUGCAGCUCAGCAUCCUGCGCCCUGCAGCAGCAGGCUGUUACCCUGGUUGUGUCUCUGGUGUGUCCUGGAACAGGAGCAGGGAGGGUCCAUCUGCCCCUCCUGCACCCUGCCCCAUGGUUUGGGGUGUGAAGUGGCCUCUCCAGCCAUGUUUCACCCACUUUUUCAUGUCAGCCCCACAGGAGCACCAGCACUUGCUCCUUGGUAAGGGGAAGAGAAGGGGCAACAGUCCCCAGCAGAGCCACCGGUUACUGCCUUCACCAGCACUACAGACUGCAGCGAAAUACAGAUCAUGGCAUCUUUUCCUUUCUGGGUGGGAUUUUUCCUUUCCGCUCUUCUUGUUUUAACAUCAGGUGCUCAAAACAGAGCACGGGAAGGCUCAGUCUCCUUAAAAACAUGAUUAGAGGCUCCUGCAAGGCCCCACAACACCUGGAAGGAUGUUUGCUGCUUGGAGUGGGAACAUGGCACUCGGCACCAGCCCCAGCAUUGCUGAGGGGCCUGACCCUGCUCUGCUGCUGGCUUUAAUUCUCCCCUCAUUAAUGCGUGGUUUGGUAGCAGCGAUGCAGUCACUCACACACAGCACAGGUCCCUGUGUCAGCCAAGAGUGGAGGCAGCUCUGCCUUUCCCAGCCUCCUGCCCGCUCAGCUGGAGCCACACAGGAGCGAUGCCAGCAUGGAUUGCACUUUAUAGGGAUAGAGGCACUUCUCAGCAGCUGAUGGCUAAAAACCUUGGGGGAAAUCUGAUUACUCUGGUGUGAGACCGUAGUACAGGGAGCUUGGAAAAGGUGAGAGUCAUGAGAAGUAUUUGCAUUGCCAUCUGCAUCUGCUUGGGGGUCACUGAGCCACAUUGCUUUGGUUGCAGCUGGAACCAGCAGCAGGUCUGAGGUUGGGGGUUUCUUCUUCCCGUUGGUGUGUUUCAGUUCACGAUGUAGAGCUCAGCAGUGGAAAUCCAGAUUGUUCUUCCCGUUCUCACCUCCUGCCCAAAGUGUUUGGUGUUUGGAGGAUCCCUGGUGCUGCAGUAGCCAGGGUCAGGCUUGGAGCACUGCAGUUGGCUGGGAUGAGGCUGCGUGUCGGGAUCACGGUGUGUGUCAUGGGAUGGUUGCUUCCUGGGAAUGGAGGAAUCCUGGGAUGCAGGCCCCCUGAAGGGAAAGGAUUUGGGGGUGAAGGGCUGCUGUGUGUCACUGGUGGCAGCUGCAUGGGGCAGGGCAUGCUGGGCAGUAUCAGCAUUGCAGGAGAUGGAGUCCCAUAAAGGCAGCAAGAGCAUCUCCUUCCCCAUGUGCAGGGCUGGUGCUGCCCCUCUUCCUGCUGCUGCGGCUCUUUCCCAAAUCACCUCUAAAAUCAGUCCAAAGGAAGAGACUCGUGAUUCACAGCGCAGCGCUCUGCUCCUGAGACACCCCGGGACAGGAGCUGUCCUUGGGCUUUCUUCCACCAUCAGGGAGGAGAAGGGCAUUUCUGAGACUGCUCCCAGUGUGCCACUGUCAUGAACCUGCUCUGCAGCCCAUCGCUCUCCUGGGAUUCCCAGGGGGUCCCAGGGUAACUCUGAAGCUCAGGUCAGGUUGCACGGCUCAUCCCAGCUCCGGAACACGCGGUCUCCACCAGCCCAGCCACAAGGAGCCAGGAAGGCCCCUUGGCGGCUGCACCCAUCCCAAGGGAAAGGCCUCUUCCCCUUUCCCAUUUCUGCUGCUUCUCCCAGGGCCGGGAGUUGUGGGUGCCGGCUGCGGAGCGAGGUUUUGUGUCCCAUUCACUGUAAAUAGCAUCGUCUGCGGUGACACGGCCCCCCGGGGCCCCGCUGGUGUCACACAGCCCCUGUCCCCCCUGCGCCGUGGUCGUGAACCUGCUCCGUGAGCACCGGGUUUGAAAUGAAACCAACAAAAACCGAGAGGAAAGAAACGGCAUCAACACGAGCACAAUGUCGAGGUUUUGUAAAAGGAUCCAAUAAAUGGAGAGUUUAACUUGA